AAGUCCCUUGUUUCGCAAAUCACUGGAGUCGAGGAGAUAAAGCACGACAUGUGUCUUAACACGUGUAUUGGCUUUACCGCCCCUUUCGCAUCUCUCGACCAUUGUCCAGAGUGCACUGAACCACGAUACGACCAGGAGGUGUUUGAAGCGACGGGAGCCAAGGUUCCUCGACGUCAAUUCAGCACAAUACCUGUCGGCCAGCAGCUUCAGGCCAUUCACCGAAGUCCAGAGGGCGCAGUGGACUUGCGCCAGGCAUGA